GCCACCACAUUGUUUCUCCUUCAGAUCAGACAAUUUAGCAGCCCCCCCACACUCCAGCUUCCAAUUCCUGAAAGCGAACAUUGGUAAAGCAUUGCUAUUACUGAUUCUGUUCAUUUGUCCCACGCACGCCGCGCUGUAUCUCAAAGCCUACGUGAAGCAUCGACUGCCCCCAUAAACAAAGCGUCCUUGGCGCAUCAACGCGAUCAAUCAAUCAACCCCCCUACGGGCGAUGCAACAGCCUAGCCAGUAGACAAUGGCACCGCAUAAUGACCGCCGCAGACAAGGUGUCUGGAGUCACUGGGUGCCUCUGGCUGUCACUCUCACCAUCGCGACUGUUGGUGUAGCAGCUUGGGCGUUGAGCCAAAGACAACAUGAGCACGACGACCAAGAAGAAGAGCACGAACCCGGCCUCGACUACGAGAAUGCAGACUAUGGAGAUAACCCACCUUAUGGCGCAACCUCUCGUGCUGCGACCAACAAUAAGCAACGACCUGCUGGAAACCCGGAUGGCGAAUCGUACGGUACGACAGCUGGUCACGCCGAGACGUCUGCCGCCAGCUGGGGAACACGCAUGUCUGGCGCUCUCAGGCGCACUCCCAGUCCCCAGCAAUUCUUCGAUUCUACGGGCAAGACCAUCACCGCCGGCGUUGCGGCUGCUGGUGCGGUAAUGGGCAAGGCGCUUGCGUCCAUCCGCGAAGACGACCGUUACCCUGCUGAUGCCAACCCUUGGUCGGAGGAGGCGGAUGCUAGAAAGACCCGAGGCGCUGCGACAACCCACGGCAAGCGACGCACUGUCGUCCUUGUUGUGUCUGCUGAUACGCAAAUGACCGGCCACGAUGAAGGCAGCGCCCAUGAGCACGCUUCUAUCCUGUCGCAUAUCCCCAGCAACAUUGAUUUCUCUAAAGUCAAGCUCUUUGUGUUGAUCUACGCCCCUGGCUUGAAGGACGCUGACACUGACGGCAACACGAGUAAUCUGCCACCCGCCUCGCUUAGCUCUUCAUUUUCUAACAUUGGUCAUGAUCAAGCCCAUACCCCUGGGUCGGAGGCCAGAAGCCCAACCCUCACUGCCUCGACAUCCAACGCCGCCUACAACGCAAUCUAUUCCCAGGCUUUGGCCCUCGUCGAGAAGGAAACGAUGAUUAUGCCAUUCACAACUCCCAACGGCCACACCUACAUGCUGCGACCCUUGCAGCCAGAUACCGUCUACCUCCAACAAUCUCUGAGCGGCGACAACGGCGCUCUAGUAACCAGCCUCCAAACAUGGUUCCGCCAUGAUAUUAUCUUGGUCGUUGGUGCUGAGGAGGGUUCUGGUGGACUUGCUGACAGUGAAUCUGAGGCUGAGAGAAGCAAGAAGGCCAUUGAGUGGUGGCAACGCCCUGAGCGUGUUGGCAGAGGUCGUGGCGUCGUGGUGGUAGACAGCAUGCGUGUGCAUGACGACUGGGUCCGCCGCAUUGAAGGACAAGAAUAGAAAUCUUGGGUCUUCUGAUGACAUAUGAAGUUCUACAUAUUGUAUUUUGGGAAAUAGUCUAGAAAUUAGCUGUAAAUUGUUUGAUGACGAUGAAUGUACCGUCUUUGUGUCGAAAUGCUGACAGGUACCCUAUAUAAGAUUCACCUAUCCCGCAUUGUUCAGAAUUGAUCAAGUAGGGUGUAUAAAUUGGUGAUACGAGGCUUAAAAAUCUUUAAUUUUAACUCGUUUGUUAUUUUCCGCCCAUGAUUUUCAGUGUUCUGCAUGUCUUGGACGCCAAUCGGCAAUGACAAUUAUUCUUCAUCUUUUCUUCGCAGAGGUAGC